AUGGCUUAUGUUGAUCGAGCAUCCAUCGAGAGUCACCGCUCGGAGGAGCGAGAAGAACUGAGAGAAGUAAAGGAGGAGAGAGAAGAACUGAGUGACGUGAAGGAGGAGCGAGAAGAACUGAGAGAAGUGAAGGAGGAGAGAGAAGAACUGAGUGACGUGAAGGAGGAGCGAGAAGAACUGAGAGAAGUGAAGGAGGAGAGAGAAGAACUGAAAGAAGUGAAGGAGGAGAGAGAAGAACUGAGUGAAGUGAAGGAGGAACAUCAUGUCAAACCUGGAGGAAAACCUUUGAGUCGCUCAGAGACUAAACAGACAUUUUUAAAGAAAAGAAGAGCCAAGAAAUCUUUCACCUGCACUCGGUGUGGGAAGAGUCUCAAAAGCAAACAAUUUCUUGAGAUUCACACGAGGAGUCACACCGGAGAGAAACCGUUCUCAUGUGAUCAAUGUGGCAAAAGAUUUCUCUGUGCAUCAGACGUGAAGAAACACCAGAGAGUUCAUACGAAGGAGAAGCCGCAUUCAUGUUCUGUGUGUGGAAAGAGUUUUUCAUGGCUGACUAAUUUACGUAGACAUGAGAAAACUCAUACUGGUGUGAGAGAGUACAUGUGCUUUGAGUGUGAGAAGACUUUUACUACAGCGGACAUGUUAAAACAGCACCAGAGAAGUCACACUGGAGAAAAACCUUACAAGUGUUCACACUGUGACAAGAGAUUCAGUCACUCAUCAUCUCUGAAAACACAUGAGAGGAUCCACACUGGAGAGAAACCUUACAAGUGUUCACACUGUGACAAGAGAUUCAGUCGAUCAUCAUCUCUGAAAACACACGAGAGGAUCCACACUGGAGAAAAACUACACACGUGUGAUCAGUGCGGGACGAGUUUCUCUAUUAAAAGUCUCCUGAAGCGACACAUGAGCGUUCAUACUGGAGAGAAGCCGUUCUCAUGUGAUCAGUGCGGGAAGAGUUUCAGUCGAUCAUCAAACCUUAAUGCUCACAUGAUGAUCCACACCGGAGAGAAGCCGUUCACAUGUGAUCAGUGUGGCAAAUCAUUUCUUUGGGCAUCAAACCUGAAGACACACCUCCUGAGUGUUCAUAUGAAGGAGAAGCCACAUUCAUGUUCUGUGUGUGGAAAGAGUUUUUCAUGGCUGACUAGUUUACAUAUACAUGAGAAAAUUCAUACUGGUCUGAGAGAGUACAUGUGCUUUGAGUGUGAGAAGACUUUUACUACAGCAAACGAUUUAAAACUGCACCAGAGAAUUCACACUGGGGAAAAACCUUACAAGUGUUCACACUGUGACAAGAGAUUCAGUCAAUCAUCAAUUCUGAAAACACAUGAGAGGAUCCACAGUAGAGCUAAACUACACGAGUGUGAUCAGUGCGGGACAAGUUUCUCUUUUAAAAGUCACCUGAAACAACACAUGAAGAUCCAUGCCGGCGUGUGGUGAGCACAGGACACUUGGGGUGCUUCUCAUUUCUUAUUUGUGCAUCCUCGUUUCCUUUCCUCGCUUCCUUUCCUCACGUCUCAGCUCCACCCCCUGUAGGACGCGAGGGAAGGAACCGAGGAAAAGAAACGAGGACGGAGGAAUCGAAUAAAAGCUUUUUUAUAUACAUUGGAAUACUGGAUCACUCGAGCCAUC